UUGACAUAUUUUUAUCCCCAAAACCUAGUGAGGAUGUCUACAGCCAUAUUCACACGCGCCAUCGUCCGCCAGAUUCCUGACUCCAUUGCGGACCACUCAGAGGCACACGUAUAUAAUGAAAAACAUGGCCUUUCACCAGUCGAACCAAUCGACCUGGAGCUAGCACGUGAAGACCAUGCAGUGUACACGCAGACCUUGAGGGAUCUGGGGCUAGACGUGACCGUGUUGCCGGCGGACGAGUCUCUCCCCGACUGUCCCUUCGUGGAAGACAUCUGUGUGAUAGCCGGCAACAGGGCACUGCUGACUCGGCCGUUUUCAGAGACUAGAAGGGGAGAGGCCGCUGCCGUGAAGAAGGUGUUAAUUGAUCUUGGACUGGAGGUUCACCAAGUUGAUGAUGAGGAUGCCAUUUUGGAGGGCGGUAACAUCGUUUUCACUGGACACGAAUUCUUCGUUGGCGAUUCUCCGAUCUCCGAUAUCAACCCUGGUAUCGAGUUCAUGCGGAAGACGUUCCCGGAGUAUCCGGUACAUGGCAUUCCCCUGGCCGAGCCCGAGUACCACCUGAAGGGGGUCAUCUGUAUGGCAGCACCGGGAGUCAUGACUGUAUGUGAGAACGACUGGGGAUUCACCGCGUGGAAGGCCAUCCAGGAGAAGUCUAAGUUCACCUAUGAACCCAUAUGGACACCAGAUUCCCGAAUUGUCGAUGACCAUACCUGCAACGUCAUCUAUUUCAACGGGAACCUCAUCCACUGUACGGAGGAAGAAGGGCCUGAAAGUGUGAAGAUAUUUGCGGAGAAGUUACCACACCUGAACCGAGUGGAGGCGACUGUUGGUGAACUGGCGAAUGUUGACUCUGGACUGACCUGCUGUUCCAUCAUAUUCUAACCAUUAAAGCCACUCAAUUUCAGGGCAACAACAGCAUUUUUUUGUUUUCUUUUGUGAAUGGUAAUACAAAAAGUUGACCCAAAUGUUUUUGUAACCUUUUUUGGUGAUUUAACCGGUGAUUAAACUGUUAAUCUUUUUUCCUUUGGCGCGAAGCUGAAAACGAAAAUGUCAUAUGUACAAGUCUGACAAUUUGAACUACAAUGAGCAUUUGACAAUUGUCAAUUACAGUUUUGUACUAAUGUUAUUUUAAUAUCGCACACGGUACAGGACGUAUAAUUGCA